AUGACUAACCGGAUCGAUGACCAAUGCCGUCUUACUGAACUGGGUGGACAAGGCCCAUGUGCAUGCUACGGAUCCGACGACGACAAUGCUGAGGAGCACCGUUCUCCAUGUAUGCGAUGGUCGCCCAUGAACAACAGUUUCCUGUACGACUUCCUCUGAUGGUCCGUUGGGCAUAGCUUUUCUUGAGGAAAGUCGCGAUCCAGCUUUUUCGACUUGAUUGUUUCUUCAGAAGCCGGGGUCCAUCGCAGACGAUCUGAGACCAGCAGCUAG